ACAACCCUCAGUUUGGUUGUUUGCUUGUUUUAUUGGCUGUUUUAGUGGCUGUAAUGAGCCCAUGCUUCUGAAGCUGAGUAGCUGCAUUUGCUUUUAAUCUAACAACAGAAUGGACUUGAACAGCGUUCGGCGCGUAUCCUCUGCAGGUUACCGGUUACCGGCCCGAAACAACGGGCCCAGGCCGGUAUCAAGCCAGCCUGCAGCGAACAGGACGCGGCAGGCUAAAGGAGACGCGGCGUCCGCGGAUCUGAAUCCGGACAAGAGUGAUCCGGUUAAACAGGACCAAGUGUGGAAAGAGGCGGUAUGGAGUGAGAGGAGAGGAGUGCGGGAAUGGGAGAAGAAAUGGGACUUUCUCAGGAACUAUGAUCAGAUGGGGCAGCCGAAGUCAGAGGAGCCUCUACCCACCUACGUGUCACUCUUCUCUGAUCACGUCCCCAACACCACCAAUCAGAUGCUUGGCAGCAGACUGUCCACUCCGCUGGGGAGUGAACUGGUCAGACUGGACAGACUGGUACUCUGGCCUGGAAACCAUCACAAGCGCAAGCAGGAUCCAGAGAUGCAGCCCUGCUAGACCUCUGCACAUCUGGUCCGUUUGGGGCUGUACCGUCCUUAUGUGGAGCUUAGAUGGCACAGUGUGGCACUCGCCGCAGCUCAGCCUGUUUGGAUUUGAUGUGGGGGAGUUUUUUUCCUUUUCGUGGAGAGUGAAUAUUUGACGUAAAAUACAGACAAUACUAGUCAUAUCAGAUCAUCUGAUCAUAUUUUACUUAAAGUCUAGAAAUUGUGUUUAUUCAUAUAUUUGGGUAUGCCACAUGCAAGGAGUACAAAACUACUCAAACUAAAGGCAUUUGCCUCGAGAAGAGAGGUGAGAAGACACCGGCAGAUCAGAUUCAUGUCAUCCGAGCUCAGGUAUUUAAUCAGAUACUUGAUAAUCAAACAAGAUACCUGAUCAAAUUUGGAUGAGUGAAAGGUUGUAUCGCCACUACAUUUCUCUGUUAACUCAAAUAUUGCUGCUGAAGAAACAAACAGCUCUACCAUAAGGAUCAUAUGAGAAUCUUACUCACUGAUGCUAUCACAAUAGAUCUUAUUUCGGUGUUAAAUUGGUUUUAUUUUGUAUUUUUCCAUUGAAAAACAGCUUGAAUAGCUACAUAUUGUUAUAUGUUUACCAGGACCUCUAAGCCAUUGUUCCAUGGUGGAGCCAUGGGAUGACAUUCAUUUCAUUAGUGUGAUUAUCAUGAUGAUGUAGCUUAUACCAAUGUGCACUUUAUGUGAACGGCAGCAUAUCUCAGGAUUCAGCACCACUGUAGCUGCCUUAAAAUGCCACUGUAUAUUGUUAUGUUGUUAUGAAUCACUGCCCCUUUGUCUCAAUUGGAAUACAAACGGUAGUCCCCGAUGACUUUGACAAACUGAUCUUCAAAUGGUUUAAUGAUCUGGAUGUUGCUGAAUUGUAACCAAAGUCAAG